AUGUUUGUUAGUAUUAUUUUUCUAAGUAUUAUUGUUAGUUAUGCUCAAUCACAGAUUGAACUUACUUUACCACCGUUACCUUAUGAAUAUAAUGCACUUGAGCCAGUUCUUUCGGAAAAAUUAAUGCGAUUGCAUCAUGAUAAACAUCAUCAAGCAUAUACAACGAAAACUAAUGCUGCACUUAAUGCCAUGGCUACUGACGAAACAUCGGAUGAUCAAUCCAAAGAGUUAGCUAAACUACCUAUCGAAGUUAUUCUUACUCAAAUUCAACGUAUACCAGAAAAAUAUCAAUCGACUUUAAGAAACAAUGGUGGAGGUUAUGUCAAUCACAAGCUUUUCUUUUCUAUGUUACGUAAACCAACAGCGACAGCUACGGAAAAUCAACCAACAGGUCCACUGUUUGAUGCUAUUGAAAAUAGUUUUGGUUCAUUUGAUAGAUUCAAAGAAAUGUUUACUUCUGCAUCAGUAAACUUGUUUGGUUCCGGUUGGGUUUGGCUCUAUAUAAACGCACCAACAAAACAACUUACUAUUAACGCCACUAUGAACCAAGAUAAUCCAACUAUGUUCGACAAAGAUCGUGUUAUUCUUCUAGGUAUUGAUGUCUGGGAACAUGCUUAUUAUCCAGUUUAUGAAAAUCGUCGUAAUGAAUAUGUUGAUAACUUUUGGCGUAUAAUUAAUUGGUCUUUUGUUGAAUCGCUUUUUACUCAAGGAACUGCUAGACAUAGUGAUCUUUAA